UUUGUUUGUGUGAUAUGUGUUCGCCUAUGCUUAUGACCGCCACCUACAGGCGUAAAAAUAAAAUACAUGCGUUUAGGUUUGUUCAGUCUUGACUGACAUACAAAUCACCCUACAUGAAUUUAGCGAUUUUGCCAUUUAUUAUUAAUAAUAUUUAGAGUAUAUCUGACCACAUAAAUACAGUACUCCUUCCCGCCCUUCUUCGCUAGUAGUGCACUGUAUUCCAGAGACCCUCAGUGGAUUUGACUGUUCAGCGGCUCCUUAAAGAUUAUGAUGUCACUGUAGAGUUUCAAAGAGCAUCACAGGGAUCACAAUCAAGAUUAAGUGCAAAGGGGCAGAGUGUGUGAAAGGGAAGUACUAAGGAGAAGUGGCAGCAUUGGCUUCCACACAGGCCUGUAGGAUUUAUCUUUGUGGACCUUCCAGGAAAUAUCACAACUUUUGCUGUGUACAAAAUGAAGCUGGUCCUUUCUUUGAUUGUCCCAUCUAUCCAAACCAAGCUUUCAUAAGCAAGAUGAAGGUAAAAUGGACCAUGUUGGGCAUGGUUGUUUUUUUCCUGCUCUCUGUGGUUAUGACCUUUUGCUUCAUUUGGCAAUACAGGAUACCAAAGUUGAAGACAGUGUCUUCAAAAGAAGCACCAGUUGAAGAGAUGUGUCCACGUUAUCCCGAGCCGGUGCCCCUCAAACAUCCCAUCAUAUCAUUAAGGGUGGCUUUAGAGAAGGUUGAUCUUCUCCUGAGGACCAGUGUUGAUCGGACUAAGCUUCCAGCGCUGUCUGCGAUUUUAGUUUUAAAUGACUCUGUUCUGUGGAUUGGUAAUUUUGGGAAGAAGAACAUUAGUGACCCUGUAUCAACUGCGCCCAAUGAGUAUACAGUGUACAGAAUUGCAAGCCUCUCCAAGAUUUUUCCCACUCUGAUGUUGUACAAGCUGUGGGAAGAAGGACUCGUGGGCUCUCUGGAUGACUGUCUGGAGAAGUACGCAGACAACUUCACCAUCAAAAAUCCACUUGGAAGAAGUGGGGAGUCAGCAUCCUCCCCAGUCAAGACCUUCAACAGACGUUUACCUGCAAUUACCUUGCGAAGGAUGGCCAGCCACCUCUCUGGAUUACCCCGAAGAUUAAGGUCAACUAAUCUCCUUUGGAGUGGAGACACCCAAGCAGCCCUUAAUUUGUUACAGGACGAUGUCCUUGUUGCAGAUCCUGGAACAAAAUGCCACUAUAGCAAUGUUGCCUUUUCCUUACUGGCCAACGUCUUGGCCCCGGAGCUGACUGGAAUGGACUUUGAGAAGUGGGUUUUCCAUAAUAUUUUGGAUCAGCUCGGCAUGGAGAACACUGGUUUCGACAUGACUCCUGUGAUUCAGAGGCAGAUGGCAGUGGGUGUCUAUAGCAAUGGUCAGCCUGCACCCCUCUACAAUUUGGGCUGGUAUCGACCCGCAGGUCAGAUGUUCUCCACAACAGCAGACAUGGCCAAACUUAUGAUGGCGCUCCUGGGCUCAUACAGCAGGACGCUACUCCGAAAGGACACCCUGAACACCAUGCUUUCCUCGCUUUUCCAAUGCCAGAGUGGCUACUUUGCCAACUACACGGGCACACCAUGGGAAAUCAACCAGCACCUGGGCUAUGACGUGGUGAGAAAGGAUGGCGACUUGGAUGGCUUUGCAGCCACUCUCUCCCUUGUGCCACGACUUAAAUUGGGACUGGUGAUAAUGAUGGCUGGAGUCAGACCGUCGGACAAGGACUUAGUGAGCAGGAUCUACAGCCAUCUCAUCCCUGCACUGGAAGGUGCAUUCAGGGAUGCUGAACUCACUCUCAGACCACCACCUGACCCAGCUCCUUAUAUAGGCUUUUUCACUUACAAAAAUAUGACUUUCUAUGAGAUUAAAGCAGGAUCAGACGGGGUUUUGGUCAUGCAGCAAUUUGGACCACCGGUGGAGAAAAGUGUUCCAUCCAAUUAUCAAACCAUCCACCUUGAGUACCUUCAGGAUAGGGUGUUCAGAGUGGUAUUCAAGAGACCAUACCCUUGUAAGUUAACGUUCAACAGUGCCUCGGUCUCCCUCGAGACACAAGACAGACAGCUCUUUAAUUUUUACCUCUUCAACAAGAAAGGUGUUUCGCCAGGUUUUGAUUCGCCAGGACUCAACACAUACAGGGUUAGGCGCAUAGCCAGCAGACCAUAUUUUACCACAUGAAGACAGAAGGUUGUCAUGGUAACAAGCAGAGGCGGGACGAAGUCAGUGUUUUGCAAGUCUCAAGUAAAGAUGCGCAAGUCCAAGUCAGUUCUCAAGUCAAGACAAGACAAGUCGAGUCAAGUCCGAAGUCAUAGGCUUGAAAUUUUUGAGUCCUUACAAGUCAUAAGCACGGUUAAAUUGUACCAAAUGAAAUACCAUGACCUUGGAAUUUGCAAAUGCAAAUUAAAUGAUCCUCGGUUGCAUGUUGUCACAUUCCGGUGUUAAUCACUGCCACUCUCAAAGAAAUGUAAACCACAUCCACAUUGUUUAUUCUUGAGAGACUGGGGGAAAAUUUGGUGUCCUACUGGAAAUGACAUAACGGUCACAUUCAUUGCAUACAUUGACUGGAGACACAUUUUACUCAACAUAACAACAUACUCACUGAAAAGUAUUUUUAGGUCAUCAGACCAAAGUCCGAUUUAUUCAUGUGAUGAUAUUGUCGAGUCCAAAGUCAUCAAAAUUGUGACUUGAGUACACACCUCUGGUAACAAGUGGGUCAGUCAUCCAUCUGCCCAUCCUGUUCGGGGUCAUGGCAGAUGACUACACCCUGGACUGAUUAGGUGGUGAUUGGUCUUAGUUAAACUGCAUGACAGUCAGCCAUGUGAACCACUACACUACCAAUGGCCGUGUGAGUCUUUGAGUGCUCACCUAUGUCUGCUUUAUUUCAUAGGUAAAAAAAAAAUAGUGGGCCC